GUAACUUUCUUACGAUAGGCUUCCGCGAAAUAACCUAGUUCUCGAUGCGCGCUUUCUUUUAAAGAUUUUAUUCGCACUAAACUCGGCUUCCUUUUACAGUUAGUUAGUUUCGUCCCUCAGACAACUACAAUACAUUACCGAUCCAUUCUCUUCUUUGUUGGAGCAACCGAUCUUUCAAAGGCGUUUGAAAUCGGAUACCGCUGGCGUUGAGGCCCUCACUUUGGGCGGAAGGAUACGUUGUUGCGUCUGACAAUGUGGACGGAGGUGGUGAAGAUGUCUACGAGAAGAAUGAAAUCAUCUCAGUUGUAACAACAAAAAGGGAAGACGCGAGAUUAGUUACUAUAAUAGAUUUGUUUGCUCACAGACUUGUUACACUGAAGCAAACACGUGGGUGCAGCGUGAAAAGCGGGCUUACCGGGACAAAAGGAAGACGUCCACAGUGCCCCAAUGCGUUUCAUGCGCGGAGGUCGAAAUUCUCUUGAAGUUUUAUGUUUUUUCCAAUAGGAGACUUGGUUUUCUUUUUAUUGUUGGAUACUACACGCUUGGACUGAGGGUUUAUUAAGGCUAAGGGUUAUGAACGAACAGCAGCAAAGAAUGGCUGCAGUUGGAACAGACAAGGAACUAAGCGACCUCCUGGAUUUCAGCGCGAUGUUUGCUCCGCCAGUAGCCAAUGGAAAGAACAGGCCCAUGACCCUUGCCAGCAGUCAGUUUGGUGGAUCAGCGAUAGACGAGCGCAGUGGCUCUGGGUCCUGGGGAUCAGCUGAACAGAACAGUCCUUCCUUCAGCCAAGGACGGGGUUAUGCUGAAGGAUCCCACUACAGCGAGCAUGAGGCCUUGUCCUCUCCUUUCCUCAGUUCUGGCAUCACAGGUAAAAGUGAGAGGCCACCUUACCCCCCAUUUGGAAGCCAGCCUGGGUUUCUUCCUAGUGACAUAGCGUUGCCAAGCCCGGAUGCCAUGUCUCCCUCUGGUCUGAAAUCCAGCUCUCAGUUUUACCCGUCAUACACUAACAAUCCCAGGAGAAGGCCUACAGAGAGCAGCAUAGACUCUCAGCCAAAGAAGAUUCGAAAACCCCCUGGCCUGCCAUCCUCGGUGUAUGCUUCCACAUCUGGUGAUGAGUAUGCCAGAGACGGUAGCGGAUAUCCUGGUGCUAAAUCUGGAGCUGUCUACCCAGGCUCUUUCUACAUGCAAGAAGAUCCCUGGUCAUCUUCUGGAUACUCUGCCAUGCUCGGCAAUGCCCACCUUGGUCAGCCAGGCUCCUUCUCUGCGUUAAAUCCACAGGACAGGAUGAACUAUCCUCUACACGGCAGUGAGGUCAAUGGCUUUCACCCAGCCCCCACAACCUACAGUCACACACCCGCCAUCAACGGGGAAGGCAUCAUGGCUACUCGAGGCACUACCGCUGGCAGCUCAGGCGAUGAAAUUGGCAAAGCUCUUGCCUCAAUUUACCCGUCGGACCAUAACAGUAAUAACUUCUCAUCAGCCCCAUCAACACCUGGGUCUCCUCAGGGAAUUACAGGAGCUCAAUCUCAGUGGCAAAGACCUACCACACCGAGCUAUGAAGGGCAGCCUCAUGCACUGCAGAAUAAAAUGGAGGAUCGUUUAGAGGAGGCCAUACAUGUACUGCGCAGUCAUGCUGUUGGCCAGGCCCCUGGUUUGGAGGGUGCCCAUACCGACAUGCACAACCUGCUGACCGCUGUGCACAAUGGGGCCCUAGGGGGCCUCUCCCCAGCUUUCCCCAGCGCUAGUCUUGCUUUGAGCAACAGACAUCCCGCAAUGGGCGGAAAAGAUGAGGAGGCUGCAGGUCUUCCUCCCAGCAGCACUCUUCUCCACGGUCAUCACGCAUCUGGACCCACACAGUCAGCUGGGCAGCCUGAAGGCUUUAGCAGUCUCCCUGGAGGCAUGUCCCGCUCCACACACUCCUCCAGCAGCUCUGACAUAAAGAGAGAGGACAAAGAAGAUGACGAAAACUCAUCAGUGGCAGACAAAUCAGACGAUGAGAAGAAGGACUCUAAGGCUCGCAGCCGCAGCAGGUAA